GAGGUUCGGUGCUGGUCCAUUACACCUGCAGCAUUUCUGGUGUGUUUGUUAGACCGCACGGAGCCUCUGAGCUCUGAUCUUCUGUCUUUGCCUGUAAAGUUUGAUUCAUUUGAAUUCAGCAGGAUUCUGCGCGCCCCCGGCGCUCUGCUGGCAGCAUCUGGACGCGCGCCGCCGUGGGCGCAGAGCCAGUAGGCGUCGUCGGGGCGAAGUCCCGUCUCAUCUGCAGCUGGAAAGACCGAGAACGACGUGGAGCGUCCGGGAGAAGAGGAGAGGAUGAAGCGAACAACCUUCCUGCUGGUGUUUGGAGUCGUUCUGAGCUUCUGUCAGGCUCAGUCAGAAGGCGAGGAGACGGGUGGGGAGGAGGAACAUGUGGAGCUCUUCACCACUUCAACGACUAAGAUGGGUGCUGCCACCUCGGACUUCGGCUACAACCUGUUCCGUGCUCUGUCGAGCCGUGAAGCCGCAGCCAACGUCUUCCUGGCCCCCAUCAGUGUGUCUGCGGCGCUGACACAGCUGGCCAUGGGAGGGUCUGAACGUGCUGAAAAGCAGCUGUUCAGGGCUCUGAGGUACCACACCCUGCAGGAUCCUCAGCUCCACACCACCCUGAAAGACCUGCUGGCCUCGGUCCGGACACCUGGAAAAGGCCUGAGCAUCGCCGCUCGCAUCUACCUGGCCCGACGACUUCGUCUGAAGCAGGACUUCUUCGCCCUCGUGGAGCAGCAGUACGGAGUUCGUCCUAAGGCCCUGCUGGGAGGAGCUAAAGAUGUGAAAGAAAUCAACGACUGGGUGACUCAGGAGACGGGCGGGAAGGUGCAGCGCUUCCUGACCAAACCCCUCCCACGAAACUCUGGAGUGAACACUGUGAGCGCCGCCUACUUUAAAGGGAAGUGGGUGACUCGGUUCAGUCAGGGUGGACUAAUGGAGAACUUCCAGGUGGAUGGCGGGGCACCUGUCCGCAUUCCCAUGAUGCAACAGGAUAACUACCCUGUGAAGAUGGGAGCUGACUCAGAUUUGAGCUGCACGAUCGCUCAGAUCCAGAUGCAAGACGAUGUCAGCAUGUUUAUCUUCCUGCCAGAUGAAGUGACCUCCAACAUGACCCUGCUGGAGGAGAGCCUGACUGCCGAGUUCGUCCAGGACCUCUCCAUGACGCUCCUCCCUGCCCAGGUGUCCCUCACCCUGCCCACCCUGAGGCUCAGCUACUCCACAGACCUGCUGCCACUGCUCGGCGACCUGGGUCUCACUGAGUGGCUAGAGAACCCAGAGCUGGAGAAGAUCUCAGCUCAGACCGCCAAACUCAGCAGCGUCAAUCACAAGGUAGUCAUGGAGACGGCACCUGAGGGGAACCAGUACCCCAGUGCCACCUUGACGUCCAGCCACCUGACGUACCGAGUGGACCGCCCCUUCCUCUACCUGAUUCGGGAUGAAGCGUCGGGGGCGCUGCUCUUCAUCGGCAGGGUGGUCAACCCCAGGGACCUGACAAUAUAACACACACACAAAUUACUUAACCCCUUAUUCCAACCGUAACCUAAACCUGAUUCUAACCUGAACCCGAAAACCUGGUGCAAACCCUCAAACAGCCCUGAAGCUGUGAGGACCAGACAACAUGUCCUCACUCUAUAAGGUGUGUAACUCAAAUUGGUCCUCACAAAGAUAGAAGUACAAGGACACAGACAGACACCCCCCUCCACACACACACACACACACACACACACACACACACACACACACCCUUAGCAGGUCCUAGGAAGGAUUUCAGGUAUUUGCUUUGCGUUUGUUGUGGCAGACGUUGAUCUUUGAUUUGAUUUUACAUGAUUUUUUAACUUUUCAUGUUGAAACACGUGUGAUCACGUUAAUCCGACAGGACACUCAAACACACUGAUGAUACGCUGAGCUCACCAAAGGACUGUUUUUUAAGAAAUCAAAUAUUGUCAUUUGUGUUGAAAGAAAUAAACACGACAAUGAAACCAAA